UUUCCAGGUCUCGCAGAUGUGUCGAUAUCUGAAGAUAUCCCAGUGGAGGGAGAGAUCACCGUUCCCGUCGGAUCCCGCUCUCCUGACGAGGACUACUCCACGCUGGAUGAGCCUGUUAAGGAUACUAUUAUGAGAGAUCUGAAGGCCGUUGGAAAGAAGUUUAUCCACGUCAUGUAUCCGAAGAAGAGUAGUACGCUCCUCAGAGACUGGGAUCUUUGGGGUCCGUUGGUGCUUUGUGUCUCGCUUGCCCUGAUGCUUCAGGGUGGGUCAGCAGACAGCAAGGAUGACGGAGGGCCCCAGUUCGCCGAGGUCUUUGUCAUCAUCUGGUUUGGUGCCGUUGUCAUCACUCUGAACUCGAAGCUUCUCGGAGGAACUAUAUCCUUUUUUCAGAGCCUGUGCGUGCUGGGUUACUGCAUCCUGCCCCUGACAGUGGCGAUGCUGGUGUGCAGGCUGGUGCUGCUGGCGGGGUCCGGGACCGUCAGCUUCAUCAUACGUCUCAUCAUAGUAGUAGCUAUGUUCGGCUGGUCAACCUUAGCAUCUACAGCUUUCCUGGCAGACAGCCAGCCUCCAAACCGCAAAGCCCUCGUUGUCUACCCCAUCUUCCUCUUCUACUUUGUUAUCAGCUGGAUGAUUCUCACCUUCACGCCUCAGUGA